AUGGAUAAGGCUAGCACUGCUGCUGAUCUGGCCGGCAAGGUCACAGUGCUGGAUGCCAUAUCUUGGCUGAACUAUGCCUGGGACUGUGUGCAGGCUGAAACCAUUCAGAAGUGCUUUGCACACUGUGGAUUCAGCUUUGCCACAGCUCCCACGGCCUCUGCUGAUGCCACAGAGACGGCUCCAGCCGAACUGCUGCCACUGCUUCCGGGGUCGUCAUGGGCAGAUUUUGUUGAGUGCGACAACGAGGUCACGGCAACGACAGAGGUGUUUGGUGUCGUGGAAACUGCCUCUGAGGUCGAAGAAGAAACAAAAGCCCUAGCAGCUUCUCACAUCUCGGCCCGACAAACUCUUUCCCACUUUGAAGAAAUAAGAGACCAAGCACUAGCAACCAACAACAAAAACUUCUGGACAUUGCCCUCGCGGAAUGGUGGUAAGAACUGUGGCCUUUUUGCUAUAGCAUUUCUGGCACAGUUACUUCAUACAGAGGGGACAGGCAAUACAGAGGUAAACUUCAAGCAGGAACAUAUAAGAUCACAUUUGAUGGAUUGCCUAGAAAAGGGGCCACUGACACCUUUACCUCAAGAUGCACGAGACAACAGUUUAAAUGCUGAAAUACAAAUUAUGGCUAAGUACCGGCAUCCAGAGCCUACUCCACAUGCAUUAUCCGAGUCUUACGAGUUUGUAUACUCGAAGAACAAAGGUAAUGUGCUUAUAGACAAACUAGAUCCAAACCUUGGGACUAUUCAGUCAAUGCCUAAGUUGGAACCAGAAGAAAGGAAUGACCAUCUUAGAAGGUGGAGAACUCUGAAAUAUUUCAGGAAAAAUUUACCAAUAGUUAAUUACCUAGAUAAUGAGUCUAAUCCUGUUAUAAUGGUAUUGGGCGGCAUCAGCACCAUACAACCAACAGACUACUUAAAUAGUGCCGCCAUGUUUGUGUUCCAUCCCGAUCGUAACAAAUGGAAUUUUUUGGGUACUAUUUUGGAGCCACGUGUCUAUCAUGCAGGAGCAUAUCUUCACGGACGGGUGUACGUGUUUGGUGGCUAUAAUCCAUUAGAAUGUGUUAAAGACAAGAUGCAAACGACGUCAACUACGUUUCAGUAUACUCUUCGAUCAAGACAGUGGAGAAGAAGAUCAGACAUGCGAAAUUCUCGAGCGUAUCAUGGUGCGACAGUUAUGGAUGAAAGAAUCUUCGUGAUUGGUGGAAAAGACUCGUAUGGAAACAUUUUAGCCUCGGUAGAAGUAUAUGAACCUGAAAUAGAUCAAUGGACAGUUGCUGCCUCAAUGCCAGAACCUUUAAUGGGAAUCGCUGUUACAAGCAAUAGUGGAUUCAUUUACGUAAUUGGUGGCGUAGGAUGUGUCAGAGAGAUGAAAACAGAAACUUAUUUGUCUAGCAAAAUUUAUUGCUUCAACCCACUGUAUAACAAAUGGUUUCGGAAAUCUCCAUUAUCUUCUCCUCGCGCUUUUGCUGCUGCUACAACACAAAACAAAAGAAUUUGGUUAUGGGGUGGUGCCACUUUGAAUCGUUCUGACGAGACACUUUCUAGCAUGAAUACCGUGGAUAUCCUAGACACUAGGACAGGAAGUCUGGAACAUCAUCUCUCGUUUGCAAUUCCAAAACACUGCCUUGCUGUUGUUAAAACUAGAGAUCAAGUUUUUAUGAUUGGAGGUAUGUAUAGCUUGAAAACGACUGCAGUUGAUGAGCUUGAAAUUUACGACAGAAAACGGGAUUUAUUGCAAAAUUGGGCUCCGUUACCUGUAGCCUUGACUGGAAUGGUUGCAGUUGUUAUACCAACAGACACUAGGAUAACUGCUAAAAUCGAGCAGUUUGCUGCGAGAACGAGGAAAACAGAAAUUCAGAGAAGGCAGCAAGCUGCUAAAACGAUUCAAGUAGAGUACAAAAAAUACCAUGAUAGAAAAUGCAAAGCAAAUGAACACCGACUGAAUUAUAUGAUAAAGAAAAUGUCUAUAGAUGCAGAUGAAAGAGUUUCUGGAAGAGUUCGAACAUACCAAAGUGGCUAUCGUCCUAAACUGCCAGACCAGAGUGACCUUUCAAAAGACUUGACUCCAGUUUCUAUACCAUUCUGGCCUCCAGAUCCAGAUCCCGUGGAAUCUGUUUUUGCCACUGUGAUCGAACAGUGCCACGAUCCUGAAGAAAAAAUAGGUUUUAAACAUUUCUACACUGUUCCUCGCCAGAUGGACCCCAAUAUAGGAAUGCUCCGGUUUUUGGAUGAAGACUUCCAACACUCAAAAAAAAUUCUUGGACUUCGAAAUGUCGAAAAUACGCCAUAUUACAUGAACCGUUUUCAACCGACGGGUGACAUUCAGGAUUAUUCAGUUCCUGUCAUCAUAGCUGUUGGCGGAGUCGAUCUGCGAGACCCAAUGAACUUAUCUUAUGCAUUUACCUUCUUAGGUGGGUAUGACCCAAAUAUACGAAACUGGGGAGAAAUGGUUGCUACAAAAACAACUUUUACGUAUAGAUUUUGCGUUAAGGAGUGGUCUAGAAUAAGUGACAUGCGUUGUACAAGAUCCCACCAUACCAUGGUAGUUUUUAACGACCGCAUAUAUGCCAUUGGAGGAAGGGAUAGUUCCGGAAGGUUGAUAGCUUCUGUCGAGACAUACUGUCCUGAGACGGAUGAAUGGGAACUGGAAAAACCCAUGCCAAAACCAAGAAUGGGGAUGGCGUCAGUUUCUCAUGGAGGAUACAUUUGGGUUAUGGGUGGAUUUACCUCAAUAGGCAGAGAGGAAAAGAAAUCUCCGGUGUUGGACGAAGUUCUUUGCUACGACCCAGUAUUCAAGCAAUGGGUAAAAGGAAGUCCCCUCAGGAUCCCCAAAGCUUAUACUGCAGCUGUUGUUUGUGAGGGGCAUAUCUGGUUGUGUGGAGGUGCAGUCCCAUCUUUAGAUGAAAACAACUGUCUUAUAAGCGUAGCAUCUAUAGAUGUGUAUGAUGAAGAAACUCAGGAAUGGAAGCAGGAAACUCCCCUUAAUCGUCCUCGACACUGUGCUAUAGCUGUUGCUUUAGAAUCAUGUAUUUAUGUUAUUGGAGGGAUCAACAGCUUUGAAAUGAGCGCUACGAGACGAAAUGAACUCUAUAUGAUAGAUACCAAGAAUAUUCAUCCAAUCAGAGAUUUACCAAUUCCAGUAACAGGAAUGGCCGGUGUUGCAGUGCCUCCAAAAUGUCUAACAUUCCGAAGCGAAAGUUUAAGUAUCAUGAUAAGACAUAAAGUCGCGCCCUAAUCGUGUCACCACUUUCGAAUACUCGGUGAACUUUUUGGAUAAAUUUUUAAUAUUGCAUCAGCUGUUAAAAAUACAUUGAAUAUAAUUACCGAAAGAUGAUA